AAUUCCAACCAUACAUUUCCUCUACCUCACAUUCCUUCACCAUUACUUCAUAAAAUUAGUGAAAGAUCCGAUUCAAGAAGCUUAUUUUUAUUUUUUACUUUCUCUUAUUUAUAAGGGUCAGUGAGCUUCACACACUUGGACACGCUCAGAAUUACACACAAGUUUGCUGCCUGUCUGUUCUUGGAUUGAUACAUUCUCUCUCUCUCGUUCUCGAUUUGCUUCAGACAUCAAUGGCGGGGAGUGGAGUGUUCGCGGAGAUAUUGGAGGGAGAAGUUUACAAGUACUACUCAGAUGGAGAGUGGAGGACUUCUUCAUCUGGCAAGAGCGUUGCGAUCAUCAACCCGACAACGAGGAAGACACAGUACAAGGUUCAAGCAUGCACUCAAGAAGAGGUGAACAAGGUGAUGGAGAUAGCGAAAUCGGCUCAGAAGAAAUGGGCAAAGACUCCUCUGUGGAAAAGAGCAGAGCUUCUUCACAAGGCUGCUUCAAUCCUCAAGGAGAACAAAUCCCCCAUAGCCGAAUGCCUCGUCAAGGAGAUUGCCAAACCAGCAAAAGAUUCUGUCUCUGAGGUUGUCAGGUCUGGAGAUUUGAUCUCCUACUGUGCUGAAGAGGGUGUCAGGAUUUUAGGAGAAGGGAAGUUCCUGGUCUCUGAUAGCUUCCCCGGUAACGACCGGACCAAGUACUGUCUUACUUCUAAGAUUCCUCUAGGUGUGGUUUUAGCGAUUCCGCCGUUCAAUUAUCCAGUAAAUCUGGCCGUAUCAAAGAUCGGUCCCGCCCUUAUCGCCGGAAACUCGCUCGUGCUCAAGCCCCCGACUCAAGGAGCUGUUUCAUGCCUUCAUAUGGUACAUUGCUUUCACUUAGCCGGUUUCCCCAAAGGUCUCAUCAGUUGCAUCACCGGAAAAGGCUCUGAGAUCGGCGACUUCCUCACUAUGCAUCCCGGUGUUAACUGCAUUAGUUUCACCGGCGGCGAUACGGGAAUUUCCAUCUCCAAGAAAGCCGGUAUGAUCCCUCUCCAGAUGGAACUCGGAGGCAAAGACGCUUGCAUCGUCUUGGAGGACGCAGAUCUCGAUCUCGUCGCUUCCAACAUCAUCAAAGGAGGAUUCUCCUACAGUGGACAGAGAUGCACGGCGGUCAAGGUUGUCCUGGUGAUGGAACCGGUGGCUGAUGCUCUGGUGGCGAAGGUGAAUGCCAAAGUGGCAAAACUAAUGGUGGGACCGCCCGAGGAAAACUGCGACAUCACUCCCGUGGUAUCGGAGUCGUCAGCCAAUUUCAUUGAAGGGCUUGUGAUGGAUGCCAGAGAAAAAGGAGCAACCUUUUGCCAAGAGUACAAAAGAGAAGGCAAUCUCAUCUGGCCAUUGCUCUUGGACAACGUCAGACCCGACAUGAGGAUCGCUUGGGAAGAACCCUUUGGUCCUGUCUUGCCUGUUCUAAGGAUCAACUCCGUCGAAGAAGGCAUUCAUCACUGCAACGCCAGUAACUUCGGCCUCCAGGGAUGUGUGUUCACAAAGGACAUCAACAAAGCGAUACUGAUAAGCGACGCCAUGGAGACAGGCACGGUUCAGAUAAACUCGGCGCCUGCUCGUGGCCCCGACCACUUCCCUUUCCAGGGGCUGAAGGACAGUGGGAUUGGAUCUCAAGGGGUGACAAACAGCAUUAACUUGAUGACCAAAGUGAAGUCUACUGUCAUCAACUUGCCUUCACCUUCUUACACCAUGGGUUAGUUUUUCACUUCCCCUUGUUUCUCCGGUUUAGACGGAUACCGGUUUAAUCAUCGUCGGUUAUUAGAACCUAUAUCCGGUUUGAUGGACGAUAUAAGUUUGGUAUGGUGUUCCUAGAUCUUCGUGAGUUUGUAAUGAAUCAGAAUUUCUUAGUUUUUAUGGGGUGAAAGAGUUUAUAUA